CUCGAGACCGUCUUCAGUCAGUCAGCCAGUCAAGUGUCCUCUCAGCCUGUGCGGUAGUUUUCCUCGCGCGAAGAAGCGUCCGCCCACGCGAAGAGCACCAUGAUGAAAAUUGCAGCAACCAAGAACGGCCAGCGGGGCCUACCAGGGCGUGGCGGGUGAGGAAGCCUGCUGGGCAAGCGGGGUAGCUAGGGCGCCCGUUCACAAAGCGUUGCGCGCAUAAGCCUCGCGCGGCCCCGUUUUGGUGCUUGUGUGGCCUCUGUGCGUUGGCUUCGGGCGUCGCGGUAGCGAGCCGACGCCUUGGCACAGCGGACAUGCUACGGCAAAAUGCUACUCGAACUUCGAACGUCCUUAGCGAGCUCGCAUUGUGAGCGCGCCCUGUCGUCUUACGUGCCGUGACUGUCCGUGUUCGUUCAGGCUCCUGUGUGCGAACGGUGCACGUACUGGAAGAAUCAUGAUGUGCACAGCGGCAGGCCAUGUGCCGCCGCAGCGUGUCCGUGGUGUCCUCGGGGUUGCUGCGCCGCGCCCCGCCACCGCCAUCGCAUCGCCGCCCAAGCCAGCGCCUGCUGCCCCGCAACGGAACUGCAUCAGCGACCCGGGCAAUGCACCUGCCCCCCCGGCCGCCUGUGCCCAGGCGGCGACUGUUGUCCAGCCGCACCAGCUGUUGCGUGCGCUCAUCUGGGACGAGCAGCUCAACCGCACCCUGUCUCCCUGGGUGAGCAGCGAGGCCACGGUCAGCAGUGCCAACCGAGUAAACACCGCCGGCGGCGUCAACGGAGCUCCCGAGCGCACCGUGGACCGCGCACUGGUGACCCUCACCGGCUCCGCUGCCUGCAAAGCCGCCGCUGCCGGUGUGGGCCAGUCCUGCGUGCUGGCGGACGGGCGGCCCGCGGUUCAAGUGCUGGCGGCUGUGAAGACCGUGACUGCAACCCUGACCCCCACGGAGGCGCACCUGUUGAAGACCUACCCGGCGGCCGCCAGCCUUGCGCUGCUGCCUAGCGUCAAGCUGCUGGGGCAGGAGCUGGAGGCGUUUACCAAGACCAUGAAGCGCGCCACGGACGUGCACGGCGCGUACCUGGCGCAACGCUGCUUCCUGCGGCUGUACGGCUGGGAGCUGGUGUGCACCGGCGGCCCCGACACAUACGCGCUGCGCUCCUACUGCCCCUAUUAAACCAUCGGUUAAUCGCUGGUUACCCAGCGGUUAUCCCGGGAGGAAUGGCUGGUUUGGCACUCAGGUUACCAUCGGUUUAUUUGGGCUUCAGGCCGCAGACCGACGGUUAAUAGACCGCCUCACUGGUUACCAGCGGUUAACAGACCGCAUGGUCACCAGUGUCGGACCAACUGGUUACCUUGCAGUGACCGCUUGGUUACCGU